GUCAGCUGUGGGGCCUCCCCAGCCCCUGUGCUACGGACCAGCAGGAGAGCUCCGUCCGGAGCUGUAGCAGGCCUGAGUCAGCCUCGGCAGUUGCUGGGAGCAUGGCCUAGGUGUGGCCACAUGCACCAUCGUGCAGCUGCUGAGUUUCCCAAGGGACCCUGGAGACACCUACAGCCCCCAUUUGCAGGGGAAGAUGAUUCCUGCCAGACUUGUGGGGGUUCUGCUUGCUCUGGCCCUCACUUUGCCAGGGACGCUUUGCGUGCAAGGGAGUCGCAAGUCCUUGUCAGUGGCCCGAUGCAGCCUCUUUGGAGAUGACUUCAUCAACACCUUUGAUGGGAGUAUAUACAGCUUUGCAGGACACUGCAGUUACCUCCUGGCAGGGGACUGUGAAAAACGCUCCUUCUCACUUCUUGGGGACUUCCAAAAUGGCAAGAGAAUGAGCCUCUCUGUGUAUCUUGGAGAAUUCUUUGAUAUUCAUUUGUUUGCCAAUGGUACUGUGAUGCAGGGAGACCAAAGAGUCUCCAUGCCUUAUGCCUUCAAAGGGCUGUAUCUAGAAAUAGAGGCUGGGUACUACAAGCUAUCCAGUGAGGCCCAUGGCUUUGCAGCCAGGAUUGAUGGCAAUGGCAACUUUGAAGUCCUGCUGUCGAACAGAUACUUCAACAAGACUUGUGGGCUGUGUGGCAACUUUAACAUCUUCGCUGAAGAUGACCUUAGGACCCAAGAAGGGACCUUGACCUCAGACCCCUAUGACUUUGCCAACUCGUGGGCCCUGAGCAAUGGGGAGCAGCGGUGCAAACGGGCAGCCCCGCCCAGCAGCCCCUGCAACGUCUCCUCUGGGGAAAUGCAGCAGGGCCUGUGGGAGCAGUGCCAGCUGCUGAAGACCACCUCGGCAUUCACCCGCUGCCACCCUCUGGUGGACCCUGAGCCCUUCCUGGCCUCGUGUGACAAGACUGUGUGCACCUGUUCUCAGGGGCCACAGUGCCUGUGCCCCACCUUCCUGGAGUAUGCCCGGAACUGUGCCCAGGAGGGGAUGGUGUUGUAUAGCUGGACUGACCACAGCAUGUGCCGCCCAGCAUGUCCUCCUGGCAUGGAAUACAAGGAGUGUAUGUCCCCCUGCACCAGGACCUGCCAGAGUCUGCACAUCAAUGAAGUGUGUCAGGAGCAAUGUGUGGACGGCUGCAGCUGCCCUGAGGGACAGCUCCUUGAUGAAGGCCGCUGCGUGGAGAGCACCGAGUGCUCCUGUGUGCACUCCGGGAAGCACUACCCUCCAGGCGCCUCUCUCUCCCAAGACUGCAACACCUGCAUUUGCCGAAAUAGCGAGUGGAUCUGCAGCAACGAAGAGUGCCCGGGAGAGUGUCUUGUCACAGGUCAAUCCCACUUCAAGAGCUUUGACAACAGGUACUUCACCUUCAGUGGGAUAUGCCAGUAUCUGCUGGCUCGGGACUGCCAGGACCUCUCUUUCUCCAUUGUCAUUGACACCAUGCAGUGUGCUGAUGACCCUGACGCUGUCUGCACCCGCUCAGUGACUGUUCGGCUGCCUGACCUGCACAAUGGCCUUGUGAAGCUGAAGCAUGGGGGAGGAGUCGCCAUGGAUGGCCAGGACAUCCAGGUCCCCCUUCUGCAAGGUGAUCUCCGCAUCCAGCGUACGGUGAUGGCCUCUGUGCGUCUCAGCUAUGGGGAAGACCUGCAGAUAGACUGGGAUGGCCGUGGGAGGCUGCUGGUAAAGCUGUCCCCAGCCUAUGCCGGGAAGACCUGCGGCCUGUGCGGGAAUUACAACGGCGACCAGGGCGACGACUUCCGGACCCCCGCAGGACUGGCGGAGCCCCUGGUGGAGGACUUCGGAAACGCCUGGAAGUUGCACGGAGACUGCCAGGACCUGCAGAAGCAGCACAGCGACCCCUGUGCCCUCAACCCGCGCCAGACCAGGUUCGCCGAGGAGGCCUGUGCCGUGCUGACGUCCCCAGCGUUCGCCGCCUGCCACCCCGCCGUCAGCCCGCUGCCCUACCUGCGCAACUGCCGCUACGACGUGUGCGCCUGCUCCGACGGCCGGGAGUGCCUGUGCGACGCGGUGGCCAGCUACGCGGCGGCCUGCGCCCUGAGGGGCGUCAGCGUCGCGUGGCGGGAGCCCGGCUUCUGCGCAAUGAGCUGCCCGCACGGCCAGGUGUACCUGCAGUGUGGGACCCCCUGCAACCUGACCUGCCGCUCCCUCUCACACCCGGAUGAAGAAUGCAAUGAGGUCUGCCUGGAAGGCUGUUUCUGCCCCCCAGGGCUCUACCUGGAUGAGAGGGGAGACUGUGUGCCCAAGGCCCAGUGCCCCUGUUACCACGACGGCGAGAUCUUCCAGCCUGCGGACAUCUUCUCAGACCAUCGCACCAUGUGCUACUGCGAGGACGGUGUCAUGAGCUGCACCAUGAGUGGAGCCCCGGGAAGCCUGCUGCCGGACGUGCUCAGCGGUCCCCAGUCUCACCGCAGCAAAAGGAGUCUGUCCUGUCGGCCCCCCAUGGUCAAGCUGGUGUGCCCUGCGGACAACCCACGGGCAGAAGGACUCGAGUGUGCCAAGACGUGCCAGAACUACGACCUGGACUGCAUGAGCACCGGCUGCGUCUCUGGCUGCCUCUGCCCCCCGGGCAUGGUCCGGCAUGAAAACAGAUGUGUGGCCUUGGAAAGGUGUCCCUGCUUCCAUCAGGGCAAAGAGUAUGCUCCUGGAGAGACGGUGAAGAUGGACUGUAACACCUGUGUCUGUCGGGACCGGAAGUGGAACUGCACAGACCGCGUGUGUGAUGCCACGUGCUCCGCCAUCGGUGUGGCCCACUACUUCACCUUCGAUGGACUCAAAUACCGGUUCCCCGGAGAGUGUCAGUACGUUCUGGCGCAGGAUUACUGUGGCAGUAACGCUGGGACCUUUCGGGUCCUGGUGGCAAAUGAGGGGUGUGGCUCCCCCUCAGUGAAAUGCAAGAAGCGGGUCACCAUCCUGGUGGAGGGAGGAGAGAUCGAGCUGUUUGACGGGGAGGUGAAUGUGAAGAAGCCCAUGGAGGAUGAGACUCACUUUGAGGUGGUGGAGUCUGGUCGCUAUGUCAUUCUGCUGCUGGGCAAGGCCCUCUCCCUGGUCUGGGACCGCCGCCUGGCCAUCUCUGUGGUCCUGAAGCAGACGUAUCAGGACAGGGUGUGUGGCCUGUGUGGGAAUUUUGACGGUGUCCAGAACAAUGACUUCACCAGCAGCAGCCUCCAAGUGGAGGAAGAUCCUGCAGACUUUGGGAAUUCCUGGAAAGUGAGCUCGCAGUGUGCUGACACCAGAAAGGUGCUGCUGGACUCGCCCCCUGCCACCUGUUACAACAACAUUAUGAAGCAGACGAUGGUGGAUUCCUCCUGUAGAAUCCUUACCAGUGACGUUUUCCAGGCCUGCAACAAGCUGGUGGAUCCGGAGCCAUACCUGGAUGUCUGCAUUUAUGACACCUGCUCCUGCGAGUCCAUUGGGGACUGUUCCUGCUUCUGUGAUGCCAUAGCUGCCUAUGCCCAUGUGUGUGCCCAGCAUGGCAAGGUGGUGACCUGGAGGACGGCCACGUUGUGCCCCCAGAACUGCGAGGAGAGGAAUCUCCGAGAUAAUGGGUAUGAAUGUGAGUGGCGAUACAACAGCUGUGCGCCUGCCUGUCCCGUCACGUGCCAGCACCCUGAGCCGCUGGCGUGCCCUGUGCAGUGUGUGGAGGGCUGCCAUGCUCACUGCCCUCCAGGGAAGGUCCUAGAUGAGCUUCUGCAGACCUGCAUCAACGCUGAAGACUGCCCGGUGUGUGAGGUGGCUGGCCAGCGCUUAGCCUCAGGAAAGAAGGUCACCUUGAAUCCCAGUGACCCUGAGCACUGCCAGAUUUGCCACUGUGAUGGCAUCAACUUCACCUGUGAACACUGCCAGCAACCGGGAGGUCUGGAGGUGCCCCCCACGGAUGCUCCUGUGGGCACCACCACCCCAUAUGUGGAGGACACCCCGGAGCCGCCCAUGCACGACUUCUUCUGCAACAGGCUGCUGGACUUGGUCUUCCUGCUAGAUGGCUCCUCCAAGCUGUCGGAGGCUGAGUUUGGGGUGCUGAAGGCUUUUGUGGUGGGCAUGAUGGAGCGCCUGCGCAUCUCCCAGAAGUGGGUGCGGGUGGCCUUGGUGGAGUUCCACGAUGGUUCCCAUUCCUACAUUGGGCUCAAGGACCGGAAGCGGCCAUCGGAGCUGCGGCGCAUUGCCAGCCAGGUCAAGUAUGUGGGCAGCCAGGCGGCCUCCACCAGCGAAGUGUUGAAGUACACGCUAUUCCAGAUCUUCAGCAAGGUUGACCGCCCUGAAGCCUCCCGCAUCACUCUGCUCCUGACAGCCAGCAAGGAGACUCCACGGAUGGCCCGGAACUUGGUCUACUACGUCCAGGGCCUGAAGAAGAAGAAGGUCAUUGUGAUCCCUGUGGGCAUCGGGCCCCAUGCCAGCCUCAGGCAGAUCCGCCUCAUUGAGAAGCAGGCCCCAGAGAAUAAGGCGUUUGUGCUCAGCAGUGUGGAUGAGCUGGAGCAGUGGAGGGACGAGAUUAUCAGCUACCUCUGUGACCUUGCCCCUGAAGCUUUGCCCCCAACGCCUACGCCCCACAUGGCACAAGUCACAGUGGGUCCAGGGCUCCUGGGGAUUUCACCAGCUGGACCCAAGAGAAACUCCAUGGUUCUGGAUGUGGCGUUCGUCCUGGAAGGCUCGGACAAAAUCGGAGAAGCUGACUUCAACAGGAGCAAGGAGUUCGUGGUGGAGGUGAUUCAGAGGAUGGAUGUGGGCCAGGACGCCAUCCACGUCGCAGUGCUUCAGUACUCGUACUUGGUGGCCUUGGAGUACCCCUUCAGCGAGGCACAGUCCAAGGGGGACAUCCUACAGCGGGUGCGCGAGAUCCGCUACCGGGGCGGCAACGGGACCAACACCGGACUGGCCCUGCAGUACCUCUCCGAGCACAGCUUCUCUGCCACCCAGGGGGACCGGGAGCAGGUGCCCAACCUGGUCUACAUGGUCACGGGAAAUCCUGCCUCCGAUGAGAUCAAGCGCUUGCCAGGAGACAUUCAGGUGGUGCCCAUUGGAGUCGGUCCUCAUGCCAACGUGCAGGAGCUGGAGAGGAUCGGAUGGCCCAAUGCUCCCAUCCUCAUCCAGGACUUUGAGUUGCUCCCUCGAGAGGCUCCUGACCUGGUCCUGCAGGGCUGCUGCUCCGGAGAAGGGCUGCAGCUCCCCACCCUCUCCCCUGUGUCUGACUGCAGCCAGCCCCUGGAUGUGGUGCUUCUCCUGGAUGGCUCCUCCGGCUUGCCAGCUUCCUACUUUGAUGAAAUGAAGAGUUUCGCUAAGGCCUUCAUUUCGAAAGCCAAUAUAGGCCCUCAUCUCACUCAGGUGUCAGUGCUCCAGUAUGGAGGCAUCACCACCACCGAUGUGCCGUGGAACGUGGCCCAGGAGAAAGCCCAGCUCAUGAGCCUCGUGGACCUCAUGCAGCGCGAGGGAGGCCCCAGCCAAAUCGGGCAUGCUUUGGACUUUGCGGUGCGGUACAUCACUUCAGAAGUGCAUGGUGCCAGGCCUGAGGCCUCUAAGGCAGUGGUCAUCUUAGUUACGGGGGUCUCCAUGGAUCCACUGCACGCAGCAGCUGAUGCCGCCAGAUCCAACAGAGUGACAGUGUUCCCCAUUGGAAUUGGAGACCGGUACGAUGAAGCCCAGCUGAGGACCUUGGCAGGCCUGGCGGCCAGCUCCAACAUGGUGAAGCUCCAGCGAAUAGAAGACCUCCCCACCAUGGUCACCUUGGGCAAUUCCUUCCUCCACAAACUGUGCUCUGGGUUUGUAAGAAUUUGCAUCGAUGAGGAUGGGAAUGAAAAGAGGCCUGGGGACGUCUGGACCCUGCCGGAUCAGUGCCACACAGUGACUUGCCUGCCGGAUGGCCAGACCUUGCUGAAGAGUCAUCGGGUCAACUGUGACCGAGGGCCGAGGCCUUCAUGUCCCAACAGCCAGUCUCCUGUUCGAGUGGAAGAGACAUGUGGUUGCCGCUGGACCUGCCCCUGCGUGUGCACAGGCAGCUCCACUCGGCACAUUGUGACCUUUGAUGGGCAGAAUUUCAAGCUGACUGGCAGCUGUUCUUACGUCCUAUUUCAAAACAAGGAACAGGACCUGGAGGUGAUUCUCCAUAAAGGUGCCUGCAGUCCUGGGGCGGGACAGAGCUGCAUGAAAUCCAUUGAGCUGAAGCACAGCGGCCUCUCCGUUGAGCUCCACAGUGACAUGGAGGUGGCUGUGAAUGGCAGACUGGUCUCUGUCCCUUAUGUGGGUGGGAACAUGGAAGUCAACGUCUAUGGUACUGUCAUGCACGAGGUCAGAUUCAACCAUCUCGGCCACAUCCUCACAUUCACUCCACGAAACAAUGAGUUCCAAUUGCAGCUCAGCCCCAAGACCUUUGCUUCAAAGAUGUAUGGUCUCUGUGGGAUCUGUGAUGAGAAUGGGGCCAAUGACUUUAUGCUGAGGGAUGGCACAGUCACCUCGGACUGGAAAGUUCUUGUCCAGGAGUGGACUGUGCAGCAGCCGGGGAGGACUUGCCAGCCAAUUCCUGAGGAGCAGUGCCCUGUUCUUGACAGCUCCCACUGCCAGGUCCUGCUCUCAGCGGCAUUUGCUGAGUGCCACAAGGUCCUGGCUCCAGCCACAUUCUAUGCCAUCUGCCAGCAGGACAGUUGCUACCGGGAGCAAAUAUGUGAGGUGAUCUCCUCUUAUGCACACCUCUGUCGUACCAGUGGCGUCUGUGUUGACUGGAGGACAACUGAUUUCUGUGCUAUGUCCUGCCCACCAUCCCUGGUGUACAACCACUGUAAGCGCGGCUGUCCCCGACACUGUGAUGGCAACACGAGCUCCUGUGGGGACCAUCCCUCGGAAGGCUGCUUCUGCCCUCCGGGCCAGGUCGUGCUAGAAGGCAGCUGUGUCCCCGAGGAGGCCUGCACGCAGUGUGUUGGUGAGGAUGGAGUACAGCACCAGUUCCUGGAGGCCUGGGUCCCAGACCACCAGCCCUGCCAGCUCUGCACGUGUCUCAGCGGGCGCAAGGUCAACUGCACAGCACAGCCCUGCCCCACGGCCAGAGCUCCCACAUGUGGCCCGUGCGAAGUGGCCCGUCUCCGCCAGAACGCAGACCAGUGCUGCCCGGAGUAUGAGUGUGUGUGUGACCUGGUGAGCUGUGACCCGCCCCUGGUGCCUCACUGUGAAGGUGGCCUUCAGCCGACUCUGACCAACCCCGGCGAGUGCAGACCCAACUUCACCUGUGCCUGUAGGAAGGAGGAGUGCAAAAGGGUGUCCCCACCCUCCUGCCCCCCGCACCGGACGCCCACCCUUCGGGAGACCCAGUGCUGCGAUGAGUAUGAGUGUACUUGCAACUGUGUCAACUCCACUGUGAGCUGUCCCCUCGGGUACCUGGCCUCAGCCACCACCAACGACUGUAGCUGCACCACAACCACCUGCCUUCCUGACAAGGUGUGUGUUCACCGAGGCACCAUCUACCCUGUGGGCCAGUUCUGGGAGGAGGGUUGCGACGUGUGCACCUGCACGGACAUGGAGGAUGCGGUGAUGGGCCUGCGCGUGGUCCAGUGCUCCCAGAAACCCUGUGAGGACAGCUGUCAGCUGGGCUUCACCUAUGUCCUCCAUGAAGGCGAGUGCUGUGGAAGGUGCCUGCCAUCGGCUUGUGAGGUGGUGAUUGGCUCGUUGCGGGGGGACUCCUUGUCUUCCUGGAAGAGUGUCGGGUCCCGCUGGGCCUCCCCUGAGGACCCCUGCCUCAUCCACGAGUGUAUCCGAGUGAAGGAGGAGGUCUUUGUGCAGAACAGGAACGUCUCCUGCCCUCAGCUGAGUGUCCCCACCUGCCCCAUGGGCUUCCAGCUGAGCUGUGGGACCUCGGACUGCUGCCCCAGCUGUCACUGUGAGCCCAUGCAGGCCUGCGUGCUCAAUGGCACCGUCAUUGGGCCCGGGAAGACUGUGAUGGUUGAUGUGUGUACAACAUGCCACUGCGCUGUGCAGGUGGGGGCCGUCUCUGGAUUCAAGUUGGAGUGCAGCAAGAACACCUGCAAGGCUUGCCCCCUGGGUUAUGAGGAAGAAAAGAAUCCAGGCGAAUGCUGUGGGAGGUGUUUGCCUGUAGCUUGUACCAUUCAGCUAACAGGAGGACAGAUCAUGACACUGAAGCGUGAUGAAACACUGCAGGAUGGCUGUGACAGUCACUUCUGCCAGGUCAACGAGAAAGGAGAGUACAUCUGGGAGAAGAGGGUCACUGGCUGUCCACCUUUUGAUAAACACAUGUGUCUGGCUGAAGGAGGGAAAAUUAUAAAAAUUCCAGGCACCUGUUGUGACACAUGUGAGGAGCCCGAAUGCAAAGACAUCAGGGCCCGGCUGCAGUAUGUCAAGGUGGGGAGCUGUAAGUCUGAGGAAGAAGUUGACAUUCACUACUGCCAAGGCAAAUGUGCCAGCAAAGCUUUGUACUCCAUCGACACUGAGGACGUGCAGGACCACUGCUCCUGCUGCUCCCCGACGCGGACGGAGCCCAUGCGGGUGCCUCUGCACUGCACCAAUGGCUCUGUGGUGUACCAUGAGAUCCUCAAUGCCAUGGCGUGCACGUGCUCCCCCAGAAAGUGCAGCAAGUGAGGCGUCCUGCAGCUGCUGGUUGCCUCAGCCCCACCAGCCAGAGUUGUCCUCUGCAUGUUCUGCCCUAGUGCCCUCCUGGGCCCACAAUAAAGGCCACGCUGUCAUCUUGCAAAAGG